UCGAAUUUGUUCGCGGUCGCGAUCGGGAACGAGCAAUCGGGGUCGAGGAAUCGAUGCGCCGUUCAAGCACCGUGGAUUCUGUAAAAACCUGGGCGAAAAGGUCAAGGAUUUUCGAGCAGUUUCGGUGCGCGACACGAUCCUCGAGCAACCGGCGAGAAGCUCGGGACAUUCUGCGUCUGACACCUUCUUAACGAUGCCUACGCGUUCCUUUCCCACCGUAAUAAACCAUCGCGUGCCCGCGCCCGCUCCACCCCGAGAACACCGGUUUCCAAUUUAUUCGAGUGGCCGACUCUUCUUCCGCGGCGAAGAUGCUCGACGACAAGCUCGACGACUCGGUCGCGAAUGAACGAGCCGGAACAGCGUUUCGAGAAGUUUUCCCCGCGACCGAGCCAGUCGAUUCGUCCGGACGGUUCUAUGCAUGCUUCCGCGUCUAUCGGCCCCCCGUGGAAUGAGAUUUCUCCUCGCGGGAACUUUCGACCCCUUUUCCACCUCCGUCCACCUUCGUCCAGGUCGACCGGACGACUCUCUUUCGCGUAGGUCGCGCGUCGUUUCGAUAAGAGAGCAUUCCCCGAGCGGCGCGGCGAGGCCACGGCGGCCGAUGUAAAUGGGCCGAGCGGACCGUUCGAAGCGAACGUUUCGCCUUCCGGAAGCGACACGCCGUUUUCAACGUUUUCGUCGCGAGCUCGUAAGCUCUUCGUCGGGAAGACUCGUAAAAAUGAUUAAGAAGGAGCAUGCGGCGGCGGCGGCGACGGCGGAGACGGCGGCGGUGGCGGCAGCGGCGACGGCUGCGGCGGCGGAGGGCGGCCGGGCGACGGGUUCCCAUGUGUCUAUUUCGAGCAUCCCCUCGACGGAAAUUGUCCUGGAGCACAGAUAGAUAUCCGUUCUCGCUUCUCGCCUUUCUCCGUUCCGGUUUCUACCCCCGUUCUUCACCCUCUUCGCCGCCCUCGCGUCCUUUGCUCGAGGACUCGCGAAGAAGAUCGCCGCGGAAGGAUGCGUUUGCGCACGACGGGAGGACUUUUCGCUGGCUGGAUCCUCGAUAUAUCCACGGUGGUUGGCGGAACUCGGGAUUGCUCGGCGGUGGCUCAUCCGACGUGGACGCUAAUGGACGCAGUCCAACAUCCUCGACGCUCCGACUAGCAACAGGUAGGACGUCGUUCGCCGCGCGGGGACCAAGAUAUCGCUGCGAACGCGAAGGCUUACCGCCCCGGAGGGAACAGCCAACGAUCUCUUCAAGCAACGGUCUCUUCCCAGCAGCCGGAAACAGGAACAUCGGUCAACAGAUUCGACCGUCUUUCGUGGGAACGAUAUCGUGAACUCUCUCUCUCUCUCUCUCUCUCUCUCUCUCUCUCUCUCUCUCCUCUUCCUCUUUCUCUGUGAACAUCGGCUGGUUCGCGUCGCGAGAGUAAAGUGAGCACGCGACAUUCUCCGACAGAGAUCGGUGCCGAGGCAGUCUCGCGAUCUCUUCCCUCGGAGCAUCGAUCGAUCCGCGUCCGAAUCCGUGUCCGAUCGCGCCCCCGACCCUCGAACAGCGAAUCCCGAGAAGAUGGACAUCCAAGAGUUCCGUGUGCGCGGCAAGGAGAUGGUGGAGUACAUCUGCGAGUUCAUGAGCAACAUCCACAAUCGGAGGGUGACGCCGGAUGUAGGGCCAGGCUAUCUGAGACCUCUUCUGCCUCUGGAGGCGCCGCAACAGCCGGAGCCUUGGGAGGACAUCAUGAGGGACAUCGAGUCGAAGAUCAUGCCCGGGAUCACCCACUGGCAACACCCGAGGUUUCACGCUUAUUUCCCGGCCGGAAACUCGUUCCCCUCGAUCCUCGGCGACAUGUUGUCCGACGCGAUAGGCUGCAUCGGAUUCUCAUGGGCGGCCAGUCCAGCCUGCACGGAACUGGAGACGAUAGUCUGCGAUUGGUUCGGCAAGGCUAUCGGUCUGCCGUCGGACUUCCUCUACUUUAGCCCGGGUAGCAAGGGAGGAGGCGUGAUACAGGGCUCGGCCUCGGAGUGCAUCUUGGUGUGCAUGCUGGCAGCCAGGGCGCAAGCGAUCGCGAGGCUCAAGGAGUCGCCGGCUCACUCGCACUUGGACGAAACCGCGCUUUUGGGCAAGCUGAUGGCCUACUGCAGCCGAGAGAGCCACAGCAGCGUCGAGAAGGACGCGAUGAUCUGCUUCGUGAAGCUCCGGAUCCUCGAGCCCGACGAGAAGAGCGUGCUUCGAGGCGAAACCUUGCGACAGGCAAUCGAGGCCGACACCGCCGAGGGAUACAUCCCCUUCUUCGUCUCCACCACCCUCGGUACCACGGCCUGCUGCUCCUUCGACAAUCUCAAGGAGAUCGGACCAGUUUGCAAGAAAUACCACGGCGUCUGGUUGCACGUGGACGCGGCGUACGCCGGCAACGCUUUCAUUUGCCCGGAAUUGAAGCAUCUGAUGGCCGGUAUCGAGUACACGGACUCCUUCAACACGAACACCAACAAGUUCCUGUUGACGAACUUCGACUGCUCUUGCCUGUGGGUGAGGGACAGGUUCAAGCUGACCAGCGCGCUCGUCGUCGAUCCGCUCUAUCUUCAGCACACUCACGCCGACACGGCCAUCGAUUACAGGCACUGGAGCAUACCUCUGAGCCGACGAUUUCGCUCCCUGAAGCUGUGGUUCGUCCUGAGAAGCUACGGAAUAUCUGGAUUACAGGCCUACAUCCGCAAUCAUAUUCAGUUGGCGAAAAGGUUCGAGGCGCUGGUCAAAAAGGACUCGAGGUUCGAGGUGUGCAACGAAGUGGUGUUGGGAUUGGUGUGCUUUCGGGCCAAGGGCAACGACAAGCUGAACCAGAAGCUGCUGAGCACGAUAAACGACUCGGGGAAGCUGCACAUGGUCCCGGCGCGAGUCAACCAACGCUUCACGAUCCGCUUCGCGCUCGCCGCGCCGAAUGCCACCGCUUCCGACGUCGACAUCGCCUGGAGCAUCAUAACCGAUUAUCUGACCGAGUUGCUCGAGUUGAAGGACGUUAUGGACGAGCUGGCGGACAUCCGCGAGAAGAAGAGGAAAGCCACUCUGGAGCAGAGAAGGUCCUUCUUCGUUCGCAUGGUGUCCGAUCCUGCGAUCCAACCGGGAUUCACCAAAACGCCGAACAGAACCGGAGCGAAGCUCGACGCGCAAGCGACGAUCGGCGGCAUCGGCUCGAAUCCUCAUUCCACCUCACGGUCCUGGAUAUCCUGGCCACUGGCCUACCUCAUGCAGGCGAAGGACGCCGCCGAUACCAGCGAAUUGUCCCUCAGAUUCCGUCACCUGGACACGAUGGUGCGGCUGAAGGCAGGCAGCACCGGAAGUCGCCGCGGCAGCAGCAACGGUUGCAGCCCGGAGCCCUCGCCGUCCGGUUCGCCGUCGCGCGGAAGGUCGCCGAACGGGAGAACGUAAAUCGUUCCCGAGCGGUGUGCCUCCGUUUUCGGACGGGUCUCCAGGUGCAUCGACCGGUCGCGAUUCUCGAGAUCCCGCCGGAACGAACGCUGUUCCCGGAAAAGAUUUUCCAGUACCGCGGAAAUUCUCCUUUCCUCGGAGAUCCCGUAAUCUUCGUUGAUCGUAGCGUUAGCGUAAAGAUCGAGCGACGUCCUCCGGGGUCGAGGAUCGGUCCAACUUCGGAUCGAAAACUAACGGACGUCCAUCGAUCGUCGAUGGUCGAUCUCCGAUCAUUUUCGGAGCCGAAGCCCGGCGAGGCCUGCGACGCUCGAUAAAUACUAGCGCAUCCUUCUUUGCUCGCUUAUCGAUCCGUUUGGUAUGCCUAUAAUAUCGUAGUAAACGCGCUCCGUUCGACUCGCGACGAGAGACGAUCGUGCAGCGAUCGACCGAUCGCUCUUCGGCGGUGGUUUACGAAAGGAGACGCGAAGAAGGAGAGAGAGAGAGAGAGAGAGAGAGAGAGAGAGAGAGAGAGAGAAAAGAAGAGGUCGGAAAGUAGAGACGGACGCGCGCGAAACGGCGAUCGAAAAGGUCGGCUGCGCGGCGACCCGAUCCGAGCAGAGAAUCCGGUGCACCCGGACGUCGUCCGCCGGCUCGUGAUCUUUCCUUCUCCGAAACUCGGCGCGACACGGCGAUCCCCGGCUCUCCGUGACGAUUCGUGUCUCGGCAAAAAAUUCCCUCGAAUCGUCGCGACGCGAUUACGCGAUCCGCCAGGUGCUACGUCAAGCGAAAACGCGGACGCAAUCGUGCCGCGCGGAAUCGAACGCGGGGAAUGUUGAUCGAUCGAGCUCCGAGCUCGACGAAUAACCCGCGGUCGAUCAUCGGCCGAUCGGAUCGAUCGUCCAACGCGAGUCUCGAGUAAGAGGAACGCGAAUCGGAGGAUCCGAUUCGAGCGUUCGCACCUCUGCCCCGCGACCAACAAAGUGCUCAACGUAAUUGGAAGACGCUUCGCUCCGACCUCCUCCCCAGUGAUUCUGGCGCUAUCGGUUGGGUUCUCGAUGAUCCGAAACCGUCGACAUGCUAUGCGAAUCGGAAAGUUCAAUAAAAAUACUAUUACCGUGUAA